AUGAAGAAAAAGGUCAUAAUUUUAACGCCGUCUAAGACAAUGAAAGACCGGUUCAAACAAAUGAUUGAUUCAACAAUAAAGGCUUUCAAACAGCAACGACUUCCCGCAUGGAAACCACAGUUGACGAGUGUAUUACCGAUAUUCCUAGUGCUGGGACUGGUAUUUAUAGUGACUGGUAUGGGUCUACUGUAUUUUUCCACACGUGUCCAACAGUUUGACUUGGACUAUACUAACUGUUGGCCGCUGUACGGUCUCAGAUCGUGCGCCCAGACUUUGAUAGACAAUCCCGAAGCUGAGGGAUGCAAAUGUUGGUAUAAAUUUGAAUUACAUGACGACUUUCUGGCGCCGGUAUAUAUUUACUACGGACUCAGCAAUUAUUUCCAAAAUCAUCGUAUGUAUGAAGACUCGCGCGACGACAACCAAUUGGCCGGUGAUUUGCAAGCAUCCACCGAUUGCGGACCCUUUCAGUAUCGAGAAGUAUGGGGCCGCCAGAUGCCGAUAGUUCCGUGCGGUAUAAUCGGUAACAGUUUGUUCAAUGACUCGUUUCGUAUUUGGCGUCACGAUUUGAUCACCAAUUUGGCCGAAGAAGUGCCACUACUAUUUACAGGCAUUAGUUGGCCAUCAGAUUACUACAAACUCAGUAAUCCUAGCGGAUUACCACUGGAUGUAGCGUAUGCUAACUUCACAAAUCCGCCCAAUUGGCGACACCGACACAUAUGGCAGUUGGAUCCGACCAAUCCAUUGAAUAAUGGCUUUAACAACGAAGCACUGAUAGUUUGGUACAGGACGUCGGCGUUUCCCGAUUUCUGGAAAUUCUAUGCCCGUAUUAACCAUAUGAUUGGCAAUUUGUACGAACGGUCGCUACCGAAUGGUCACUAUUUUCUUGAAAUAGACUACAACUAUCCGGUGACGGCAUUUGAUGGCACCAAAAGUCUAAUCUUAAGUAACACGACGUGGAUGGGCGGACGCAAUCCCUUUCUAGGUAUUGCAUACAUUAUAUUUGGUGUCCUAUUAUUAAUACUGACGGCUGUGUUAUUAAUUCUUCACAAACGAUACGGAAUGAGCAAAUUAGAGAAAAUAGCGAUAACAGAGACGACGCCUUAUUUUAGUGAUAACCAGUUUAAAAAUAAUUACCAACAACAAGACACCACAGAUAUGACUAAUAAGAGUUCAUCAGAUGAAGACCUUAUUGACAGCAAAGACACCAAUGAUAUGAGCAAAGACAGAGCCAAGAGAAUCGUUGGUCUCACCAAUGAUCCAAAGAGUUGUCCCAUUUGUCUCACACAAGUAUCUAACCGCUCAUUGGCCGACACUUGUUUGCAUGAGUUCUGCUACGAAUGUCUUCAUGAGUGGUCUACUGACCACAAUCGGUGUCCAGUGUGUCGGCAGAACUAUCGAAAUAUUAUUCACAACGUCGUGUCCGCCGAUAAAUAUGACAGCGAACCGGUCCCCGAAACUGUCGACGAAGUGGAGAAUGAAACCAUUGCAGCACUUCUAAGACAAAUGCUUUUGUUUCUUCGCGUGAUUUCUGCCCGCAAUCAUAGUAUCCAACAACGAGACAGAGCUAUCAAUGACUUAAAUACCAUCAACAAUGAGAUCAAUGAUAUGGCAGACAGUAAGCGACAAACAACUCAAAGAUUCAACAAAUUGAGAGCAGAGUCUAUAGCAUUAGAAACAACUAUUGAAGAACUGGAUCGAGAUAUCACUGCUCUGAACGAAAUACUCAAUACAGAUAAUCCAGAAGAAGACCAAUUCUUGGCUGUACUCAAUGGCAGAGAAGAAGACAUACAAGGAAUCGUCCAAUUGGUUGAUGUCGUCAUACCUAUGAAUGCUGACGACGGAGACGUUGAAAACAUUUCGGUGGACAACAAUCAAUCACUUGAGUCUGUGAACAGUAAUUUACAUGAAGAAGACUAUGAUUCUGGCAAUGAAUCAGAUGAUGAACGUGAAGACAAUGGAUGCCAUGAAUCCAAUAGAAAAAGACGACAAACAGAUGAUUCCGACGAUGAAGACAACGACAACUCUUUUGGCGGACAAUCAGAUAUCAAAAGAAUCCGAAAAGAAUAA